GUGUGGGCUAUGGCAUGAUGGUGGUUUCCACCUACAUUGGGAUCUAUUACAACGUGGUCAUUUGUAUAUCCUUCUACUACUUUUUCCAGUCAAUGACACACUUGUUGCCAUGGACCUACUGUAACAAUCCCUGGAACACACCGGACUGCAGUGGCGUGUUUAGCAGCAACUUCACCACCAGACUGGCUAACGUUAGCACCAGCCUGGUGGAAGGGGUGACCGAGGUAGUCAACCGCACCAAGAGGACCAGCCCCAGUGAGGAAUACUGGAAGCACUAUGUGUUGAACAUCUCUGAUGGUAUUGGGAACUUUGGAGAGGUUCGUCUCCCUAUUCUCGGCUGUCUGGCGUUGUCCUGGUUUGUCGUCUUUCUCUGUCUCAUCAGGGGCGUCAAAUCCUCUGGAAAGGUGGUGUACUUCACAGCCACAUUCCCCUACGUUGUUUUAACCAUCCUGUUCAUCCGUGGCAUCACCUUGGAGGGAGCCGUCAACGGCAUCAAGUACUACCUGACUCCACAGUGGCAUAAGGUCCUUGAUGCAAAGGUGUGGGGAGAUGCGGCGUCACAGAUCUUCUACUCUCUGGGCUGUGCAUGGGGCGGUCUCAUUACCAUGGCUUCCUAUAACAAGUUCCACAACAACUGCUUCAGAGACAGCAUCAUCAUCAGCAUUACUAACUGUGCGACCAGCGUGUAUGCCGGCUUUGUCAUUUUCUCCAUCCUGGGCUUCAUGGCACACAACCUGAACGUCCCUGUGUCCGAGGUGGCAGACCACGGCCCGGGCCUGGCCUUUGUUGCUUACCCAGAAGCCCUCACUCUGCUCCCCAUCUCCCCUCUCUGGUCACUGCUCUUCUUUUUCAUGCUCAUCCUUCUGGGACUGGGGACUCAGUUCUGUCUGUUGGAGACUCUGGUGACGGCCGUCGUCGAUGAGAUCGGAACAGACUGGAUCAUCAGGAACAAGACCGUCGUCACACUGUCGGUGGCCGUCAUUGGAUUCUUACUUGGAGUGCCACUCACAACACGGGCAGGAAUCUAUUGGUUGCUACUGAUGGACAACUACGCUGCUAGUUUCUCUCUUGUCAUCAUCUCCUGCAUCAUGUGCGUCUGCGUCAUGUAUGUUUACGGCCAUAAGCAAUACUUCAAAGACGUUGAGAUGAUGCUGGGCUUCCCUCCUCCUCUCUUCUUUAAAGUCUGCUGGAGAUUCAUCUCCCCUGUCAUCAUCUCU